CAAAGCACGAUUAAUCAAAAGAAAAUUCACAGAGAUGGAGUUAAUUACAGGGUUCAACAAGGUGAUCGUUCUGAUGUUGAUGCUGAUGCUCUUGAGGAAAACAACAGCAUACUCGGAAGAGUACGAUAAGAAGUGCUAUGAUAAAUGUUUUAGAAGCUGUGUUGAUCAAGGUAAUAUACCGUGGCAGUGUUCGUCUCACUGCAUGGACGCGUGCAGCAACAAUUUAGAUGUAAUUCGCUACUGCAAUGUUGGUUGUUCGCUUCAAAAUUGCAACAAAAUCAUGGACGAUGAGGUGAAAAGGCAUAUUUGCUUGAAGGAGUGCUCGAACACUCACUGCAACCCCAAACACUUCAAGAAGUCUCCGUAGCAUCUGCUCUUUCAUAUUUGGAGCAAUAUAUCUACAAGUAAUGUCAUGAUAAAUAAUCAAAUGAUUAAGGGAUGAAUCAUCCUUAAUUAUCGAGUAAUUAAACCCAUGGCUGUAACAUCAAGCUGGUUGUUGUGCUUCAUUAUGUUAAUGACUAUACAACUUUAAAUUUAUAUAUUUAAA